UUCUAGUUUUAGCCCUUUAAAAAUAUGCUGACGUCAGCCGUCGUCGAUUAAAAUAAAAAUUCUAAGUUUUCAACUUUUCAAAACAAUGAAAUGAGAUGUGAUUGAAAUGUUUCAUUAAAAACCGAGCAUUUAACUGUGUUCAUUGUAUUUAACUCAUUUGCUCAUAGUGCUCUCACUUAAAGGAUACUACGUUUCUAAAUCAUAAUUCAUAACAUAACCUAGACGAACUUAUUUCAAAGCAAUCAAAUAAUUGAAUACAAUCUAUAAUGGAUGUAGUUAAAGUUAUUGGUGAAUAUUUAAACACACCUAUUGGUACCGUGUGCUAUAACACCGAUAGAGUCUUAACAACAGUGUUAGAUAAAGAAAAUGUCGAAGGUUUCGCCACCAUCAUAUUAAGACUGGCAGCGAAGAUUGGAUCUAUGAGUCAAUUACAAACUUUACUCAGUUACCAAUGGUUAGAACAUUUAUCCAUGUAUGCAAACCAGACACAUACAAACCCAAUAUUUGCCAAAACAUUUCUCCAGAAAGACUGCACCAUUGUUUUUCAAGUAGGAUUAAACAGAAGUUUGCAGACAAAUACUUUUUUGACAGGAAAUCACAUGACAAUAGCUGACGUUGCAGCAUAUCACACUAUUUAUCCUAUGAUGGAACGUCUUUCAUUUUUGGAGCAAGAAUCUCUAGUACAUGUUUGUAGGUGGAUGAAGCACGUCCAAUCCCAGCCCAGAGUGUGUGGCAAGAAAACUCCAUUAUCGUUAAAUACAUUAAACUUAUCAAUUCUGGCACCAGCAUUGCAUUAAUCAUAAUAAAUUAACUACUGAUUUUAAUUACCUAUUUGUUACUUAAUUAUUAUUGAACUAAUAUUGAAAACAAUAAACUUUUUAUUUAGUAAUUUUCACUUUA